CAGCCCCAAUUAAAUGAGUGUUGCGUUGGUCAUGGUGUCUGUUCACAGCAGUAAGACCCUAACUAAGACAGUAUUCUUUAUACUGUCAGGCCCAUUCAGUUCAUGGCUUUCCACACAGUUCCAAAAUGGACCCUCCAAUUAUGGACCAGCUCUGGUUUCUGGCAUGUUCUCAGGUUUAGCUGCUUGGAACAGUUCUAUCAUUCAAUGUCUUCCCCUUUCCACCCUUCAGAAAUCAGCUAUUAUUUAUAAGAAACCUUCCUCUUAAGUAUCUCAUGACUGCAGUCCUCUCUCUAGUCCCCACCUCCACCUCUCUCCUGGGGCUUCUUCACAACCCAGGCCAGUCUUGAGGUCAAACUUAGCUGCCCUCUCACUCUCAAGACUCCAGUCUGGUUGCCAUAGUGAUCUGUCCCUUAUGCAAACCUGGGCACAUCACUUGCAGAUCUAAUACCCCUCUACCUGUGGAAAUAUUUUCCCAGGACCCUCAGAACCAAGGGACCUCCCACCUCCAUGGGAGGUCAAGAGGGAUGGGGGGUGUGUGUCAGACCUCGAGGGUCUUUUACUGCAGGUUCUACUUGUAUGGUCUUACAUGGACAGAGGAGAGGUUUAAAAUAACCAAGGGUGCACCCUGUCCUACCUGCCCCUUGCUCCUGCACCCCUGAAGCAGGGCUCUCUGGUGGCCUUGAGGCAUGGAUGGGAUAUGGGAUAAACAUGAGACAGCUCCCUUCUCUUAGGAGCCAGGUUUGUUUGUCUUGGAACACUUCCUGCAAGAUGGGAAACGGGGAACGACACAACAACUGCGCCCUCUUCAGGCCAAGACCAGUAGGUUCACUUGCACAGUGAGGCCUCCUGCCCUUGGUUCAGUUAGUACUUGGCUCAGAUAGUGAGCAGGCUCCCUCUCUUUUAAAACACAUCGCUGGCCUGGAGGUGGUGGCGCACGCCUUUAAUCCCAGCACUUGGGAGGCAGAGGCAGGCGGAUUUCUGAGUUCGAGGCCAGCCUGGUCUACAAAGUGAGUUCCAGGACAGCCAGAGCUACACAGAGAAAAGCUGCCUCGAAAAACAGGAAAACAACAACAACAACAAAAAGAAUACAGUUGAUAAUGCAAAACAAACAAAACCAAAAAACACAUCACUGAAGAGUGACAUGCACACUGUGAGUUUAUAGAACUUAAAUAUAUGGUUCAGUGGGGGCGGGGGGAAUACAUUCCUAAUCACCCGGAAGUUGCCUGAUGUCCCUGCCAAGUCCACAUCCACACUUUCCCAGCCAGAGGUGCGCAGGAGUCAGACCAUGCCGAUUCUUCUUGAGAGUUAUGGAGCUGUGUAUAAACAGGGUCUCCAGGCCCAGAUCCGCUGUGUACAGGUUCUUUCUCAGCAUCGUGCCUGUGCAACUUCUUUGUAGUGACUGUGUGGAUUUUUAACUUGCAGGGAAAUACUCCAUUAUGUGCUAUAUACAAUGCAACCUGGUACCUUUUGUUUACCCAGCUUUCCGUUUGUACUUGGGCCUUUUUUCUUCUUCUCCUGUGUGGGGGCAAUUACAGAUAGGGCAUUUCCUACACUCAGGGCUUCUGUUCCAUGCCUGGCAUUGUCCUAUUGUGUUCCGGUCCUGGCCGUCUGUCCUGCUUUCCUCCCUCUCUGGGAACCUAUUUGGCUGCUGGGACUUAGGGUGUGUGACCUGGACCUUUGAUGGUCCUAUGGGGUCUCACACUACCUUGGAAGGCCAAGCUGUGGCUCUUAGUCCCUUAGAGCUGUGGCUCUAAGCUGUGACAGUCUUAGUCUGGGGAGACUGAGACUUGCUUCAUGGGCUUGCUUCUCUAUUCUUGCUGAUGCUAACAUCUGUGGACCACCUUUUAGCACUGGUUGCUCUUGCCUAACUCUUGUCUGCAUCCCUUGGCUGUCAGCCAGUUGGGAGGCUUCUUGUAUGCCUCCAAUGAGCCUUCAAGGAUGCUUCUGGAACUGGGAUAUUUAUCAGAGACAGAUCAGGAAAGCCAGCACCAUUACACAUGCAGCUCUGUGCUGCCUUGGGGACACAUUCUUGGCUGUCUUCCCAAAACGUUCGUGGUAUGGUACUGUCUGUCAGUAUUAACAAGCAUGGGUGUCCCUAAAUGUUUUUAUCUUUGUGUGUGUGUGUGUACUUGGGUGCACACAACUAGUAGUAUGUGCAUUCCUGCAUAUAAGUAUGCAUUUAUUUGAUUUGUACGUUAUCAUAAAAUAUUUUCUCUUUGCUAGGCAUGAUGGUCUGUGUGUAUAAUCUCAGAGUCCAGGAGGCUGGGGCAGGUAGGUAAAAGGCCAGCCUGGGCUAAAGAACAAGACCGAGUCUCAAGAAAACAGCACAAAACAAUAAAUAUGAGAUUUCUCCUAAACAGUGUGGUUUUGUUUUAAAGGUAUCUUCUCCACUUCCUUCCUUGUCCCCUCAAAGAUGUUGACUAACAUCAAGGCAACACCUUCUUUGUAGAUGAAAGAGUGUUCCAGGUUUGUCUGAUGGCCAGUGGAGGAUGUAAAAAGGGAAGACAGCUGUUAUCCCUUUAUGUAAACUAAGGUAGGAAUCCCUGGGCAGCCAAGAAGGGUGACCUGGAUACAAUGGAGAGACUCAUCAACUCCAGUCAAUAUCAUGUUGAUGAAUAUAAUAGGAGGGGCAGAUGCAUGCAUCCUCAGAAAAAGAAGAAAUAUCCCCUCUACUUGAUUGGCUAUGAUCCUAUAGGCCCAUUACAACGAGCGGCCAGCGUGGGUGACCUUGAUACAACAGAGAAGUUAAUCCACUCCAGUCAACAUCAUGUGGAUGAAUCUGAUAGGAGGAAAAGGACUUCGCUGCAUUAUGCAUGUGCCCACAACCAUCCAGACGUGGUGACACUAUUAUUAGAAAAUAAUUCCAGCAUUAACAUCCGGGAUGAUGAAGGCUGCACACCCUUGAUUAAGGCCACCCAACGAGACAAUGUGGAUUGUGCUUCCGUAUUGCUCACCCACAAUGCGGAUCCAAAUCUGAUAGAUUCCAGUGGGAACACAGCCUUCCACCAUGCUAUAUCCAGGGGUAACAUAAGGAUUGUAAAAAUGCUCCUUGAGCACAACGUAGACAUUGAAGCCAAAACAGAGUAUGGCUUGACACCAUUGCAACUUGCAACAUUUGAACAGAAACCUGAAAUGGUAGAAUUUUUAGCAGCAAAGUGUGCAAAAAGCUCAGUGACCCCCUCCUGGUCACCCAGUCCCACAGUCUCUCCCUGCCCCUCCUCCACUUCACCUCUGAGCAGUUUGGGACUCCCUGUAUGUCCAAACCCUGGCACUUCGUCUCUCUCUGAGGACAGAAAAAGUAGCUCAGCUAGAAGAAUAAAACUGAGUACUGGAUCGUCAGCUCAGAGAACUGAAGUGAAGCAUGUCAGGUUCAAUGAAGGUAAGGUUUUUAUAGUGAAUAUAAAUAUGGUAUAUAGUAGCCAGUCCUAUUACCCUAAAGAAGAGUAGAGAUUAAGCUUCUUUCCCACUGAUUCCAGAAAAGGCAGCUCAACUAGCAGAAAGGAAUCCAAAUGCAGACAACAGUGUGAAGCGGUCCUCCCUUCAGUUUAUAGAGAACCCACAUGAAGACCAAGCUGCACAUCUGCUACAUAUGGGGAGGGGGUCUAUGUGCAGCCCAUGCAUGCUCUUUGAUUGGUGGUUCAAUCUCUGUGAGCCCUCAUGGGCCCAGGCUACUUGAUUGUGUAGGUUUUCUUGUGGUGUCCCUGACCCCUCAGUCACAAUGUUCUCCUUUGAGUUCAAUGUCCUUCCCCAACUCUUCCACAAGACUCUCCAAACUCCCCUUGAUGUUUGUCUGUGGUUCUGUACAUUUGUUUCCAUCCUCUGCUGGAUGAAGCCUCUUAGAAGUGUUAUCCUAGGCUCCUGUCUACAAGCAUAGCAGAACAUCAUUAAUGGUGUCAAAGCCUGGCUCUCUCCCACAGUGUGGGUCUCAAAUUGGGCCAGUUAUUGGGUGGCGAUUCCCUUAAUCUCUGUUCCAUUGUAAUCCCUGAAUAUCUUGUAGGUAGGAUAAAUUUUGGGUUGAUGUUUUUGUGAGGGCAUUGGUAUUCCCCUCCUUCCACUGGAAGUCCCUUCUGGCUACAGGAGAAGAUUGCUUAGGGCUCCAUAUCACCUGCUGCUAGUUGACUCACCCCUAUAGAUUCCUAAGAGCCCCCACAGUCCCUGGUCUUUGUUUCAUCACAGAGGUGCCUCUCCUCAGGUAUCUCUUCUCCCUGAUACCACACUACUCUUGCUCCCCACCUUAGUUCCCUCUCCAUCUCCCACAAAUUUCCCUCCCUAAAUCAAAUCCUAAUGUCUAUUUUAUUUUCCCUUCUGAGUGAGAAUCAAGCAUUUUCCUUUUGUGCCCUCGUGUUUUAGCUUCUUUAAGUCUGUGGAUCUUAGCAUGAUUAUCCUG